AUGGCGAAAUCAAAAAGAAAUGCUGAAAGUGUCGUCAAGCUGGACUCGUUGGGGCGCGAGGCGACGCUUCGGCGGGUGCAAUUUGUCGAGAAGGAGUUGAGGCGAAUGAGCCAUGCCUCAUCAUACAAACUCGUGCUGGCCGUUUCUCUUUUCCUACUCUUCGCUGGCCUUGUCCUCACCGCUUUCAGUCUCUUCAGUGCUCAAUGGCAGGUAUCUGAGAUCGGUGAGCAACACGUAACUCAUUUACAUGGACUGUGGAAGGAUUGCAUUGAGCCAUCGAAAGAACUCAUCCCACUCUAUGAAAACUCAGCAAGACAAGAGAAAUGCGUCUACAAGUUCGACCCAUCAGCACAAGAAGAGCUUCGAAAAGCGCUUGACAUCGGCGACGAAGCCUCACAUGAGUUGCUUUUGCACCGAUUUUUGCCUCAACACAAAGCCGUCAUUUUCUUCGCCGUCUUCACUUUUGUUUUCGGCUUACUCGGCUCGAUCAUCGGCAUUUGCUCACCGUGUUUUCCACCGAAUUCCAUGCUUUUUGUGGUAGCCUUAUUUUUGACAACCGCUUGCUCAAUCCUGGCCGAUGUGAUUUUCAUUGCAGCCGCUAUGAAACCCCCACAAAUCAAAUGGGAGAAAUUCGACAAGUUUGAUCCGUCAAAAUAUGAAAAUAAACUUGGCAUGGCGGCAUUUUUGCAUUUAUUGGCUUCGGGCUUGAUAACAACAUCGUUUUUCUCGUCAUUAGGCACAGCUUAUCUAUUAUUGUUGACGAGGAGUAAAAACGAUGGAUCGAGUUGUUGCUCGGGGAUGAGACCAAAGAGGGAUUUUGAAGAAGAGGACAGAUGGCACGGACCUGGGCUAAUCAUUCGAGCAUGCGAUGAUCAGGCGUGUAAACCGUUUGUGAUCAUGCCCGAUCCACAAUCUGAUGACAGUGCACCA